AUGGCACCACACUUUAAAAAAACCCGCCAAAAACUAUUGUGUUCUAUCUUAUUCAUACAUUUGUUAGCAACCAUAGAGAACACUCACCGUGACGAUUUUCUGAAAAUGUUGUGUCAAGUCUUUGCCGUACUUGCUCUUGUAUCGGUCGCUAGCGUAUCUGCUGGGCUAUAUGGAGGAGGUAUUCCAUUCGGAGGUUUAGGAGGCUUUGGAGGUUUAGGAGGCCUCGGUGGUUUCGGUGGUCUCGGUGGUCUAGGCUACGGAGGAGGCAUUGGAGGUUUCGGAGGAGGUUUCCCAAUAGGAAUUGGAGGACUUGGAGGUUUUGGCGGACAUGGUUUCGGCGGAAUAGGUAUUGGAGGUCUCGGAGGCUUUGGAGGUUUAGGAGGCCUCGGUGGAUUCGGAGGACUUGGUGGAUACGGAGGAAUUGGUGGACUUGGUGGACUUGGUGGACUUGGUGGAUACGGAGGUCUUGGUGGAUUCGGAGGUCUUCCAUUCGGUGGACUUGGAGGAUUUGGCACUCAAUACGGUAAAUAAGAAGUCUCUACGAUGAUUGUUGUAGUGUGUUCGAUGAUGAAUUUGGAAACGAAAUACGGACAAUUUUAUCAUUAUUAUGUGUACCGGUAUUAAAUAAUGUAACUUAGUAGAUAUUAUAUAACUCUUGCAUUC